AUUUGAAGCUUUCCACCACCGCAACGACUCAGAGAGCGACCAAAUGGCCACCGUCGCCGCAGCCCCUCUUCCAUCGCUCCUCCUCCUCCUCCUCCCCUUGCUACUCUUCCUCGCUCCCAUCUCUGCCCUGCACCUCCCCGCCCAUUCCCUCUCCCACCGCCGCCUCGCCUCCUCUCGCCACUCCCUCCGCCCCUCUUUCCACUACGCCCACCGCCGGAGCUUCGUCCCCAAACGUUACAUUCUGGCCGAAAACACCACCCGGGGCGUCCGUAACAACACAAACACCUCCAUUGCGCUGCCGCCAGCUUCUUCUACUAACAUCUCCACCCCCGAGGACCACCACCAUCGGCACAGCCACAAGAACCGCAAGCGGAACUGGAUCCUGGGUUUCUUCUCUGGCGCGAUCGCCGGCGUCGUAUCCGGGGUCGUGCUGUCGGUGCUGUUCCGGCUUUUAAUGAACUGCAUCCGCGGGCGGUACCGCAAUCCCGGCGGCCCCUCCAUCUACAGCCCGAAGCACAUCAAGCGGGUAGAGGAGUUGGCGUUCCUGGAGAAGGAUGACGGCCUGGCGGCGCUGGAGGUGAUCGGGCGCGGCGGUUGCGGGGAGGUGUUUAAGGCGCAUCUCCCGCCGGCGGAUCCGGCCCACCCGGAGGCGCCGGGGAUGGCGAUCGCGAUCAAGAAGAUCAUGAAGCGGACGACGGAGAGCGCGGAGCCGACGUCGGAUGAAGAGAGCCGGAUGCUGGACAGGUGGAUGCGGCAGAUUCGGUCGGAAAUCCAGACGGUGGGCCACAUCCGGCACCGGAAUCUGCUGCCGCUUCUGGCCCACGUGGUGCGGCCGGAUUCCCACCUGCUGAUCUACGAGUUCAUGAAGAACGGGAGCCUGGAGGCGGCGCUGCAGGGGGUGCGAUCAGGGGAGCGGGAGAUGGACUGGGCGGCGCGGUUCAAGGUGGCGCUGGGGGUGGCGGCGGGUCUGGAGUACCUGCACGUGAACCACCGGCCGGCGAUCAUCCACCGGGAUCUGAAACCCGCCAACAUCCUGCUGGACGACACCAUGGAGGCGCGGAUCUCCGACUUCGGGCUGGCGAAGGAGAUGCCGGAGGCGAACACCCACGUGACGGAGUCGAAGGUGGCGGGGACCCUGGGCUACAUAGCGCCGGAGUACGGGCAGACGUUGAGGUUCACGGCGAAGUGCGACGUGUACAGCUUCGGGGUUAUACUGGCCGCGCUGGUGGUGGGCCGGAUGCCGUCGGACAACUUCUUUCAGGAGACUGAGGAGAUGAGCCUGGUGAAGUGGCUGAGGAACAUGAUCGGCGGGGAGAACCCGGCGGCGGCGAUCGACCCAAAGCUGAUCGGAAACGGGUACGAGGAGCAAAUGCUGUUGGUGCUCAGGAUCGCCGUCUUUUGCACGGCUGAAGACCCCAAGGAGCGGCCCAGCAGCAAGGACGUCCGGACCAUGCUCGCCCAAAUCAAAAACUAGCUUGGACCAGACCGGAUCGAAUUGCCGGUUCAGCCAGUUAAAUAAGCUCGAUUCGGUUUAUAGAUAAGAUGCUUUCUUACUAGAAAUAGGCAGUUGAAAUCGGUUAAACAACCGGUCUAGUCGAUAAAUAAGAGAGUAUGUAUAACAGUCAGUAUCGUCAAUGGUGUGUUGUAACUAAUAUGAAAUAUAUCAUUGUAUUGCGUCGAGUUUAUCGUUUAA